AUGAACAAAAAAAUGUCCCAUGAAAAUGAAGCAAAAGUGCCCCGUUUCAAUCCCACUGACGUUGGCCUUCCACCGGAGUUUGUGCUCACCGAUUACACACGUCUCAAGGGCUGUAGCUGCAAACUGCCGCAGCCCAAACUUUUGGCUCUGCUUCGUGCAGUCUCCACGACGCCAGGGCAGAAAGACGUUGGUAUGGAUUGCAGCGUUGUGCAGCUUUUACAGAAGAAUGAACGUGGAGCUCCCCUGUUUAUGGUGUCUACCACAGAUUUCUUUUUUCCAAGUGUUGAGGAUCCAUACUUACAGGGUCAAAUUGCUGCUUCCAACGUCCUUUCUGAUUUAUAUAGCAUGGGGAUUGAUCGUUGUGAUACCGUUCUGAUGAUGUUGGCUGCAAGCACAGAAAUGGAUGAGGUGGAGCGUGAGAUAUCGACACGAGAAAUAAUGAAGGGUUUUGUUGAUCAAGUCCGUCUGGCAGGGUCCGACGUGACCGGUGGCCAAACCGUCAUGAAUCCAUGGCCUCUUAUUGGCGGCGUUGCAACGAGUGUCGUGACGGAGCUUGAAAUGGUAAGACCAACCGGGCUUUGCAUUGGUGACGUGCUUGUACUGACAAAACCACUUGGGAACCAAGUUGCUGUGAAUCUCAAGCAGUGGGUGCGUCGACCAUCACCCAUUUAUUUGGAAACAAUCCAGGGGAAAAUGACUACGGAAGAGGUGGAAGAACUGUACAAUGCCGCGACAGAUAGUAUGAAACGUUUGAACCGCAACGCGGCAAGGUUGAUGCGAAGGCACGGUGCUCAUGGCGCUACGGAUGUCACGGGGUUUGGUAUUCUUGGGCACGCACACAACCUUGCGGUGGCGCAGGAGAAAGAAGUGUGCCUGUUGUUGGAGGCACUUCCUAUUUACAAGGGGGCUUUAAAGGCAUCGAAACUUAUGUCUGAUAAAUAUCAACUGCUUAAAGGCUAUUCAGCAGAAACCAGCGGGGGGUUACUUGUGGCAUUUGGAGAUCUUUGCACAGCAGAGCGAUACAUAAAAGAAAUUUGCGAAGUCGACAGAGAACCAGCAUGGGUGGUUGGAUCUGUUAUAGCACACUGUGGCGAUGGCUCUCCACAUGCGAAGCUUCAGGAUGGGUACGAAAUUAUCGAGGUCUAA